GUGAUACCUCGGAACAACAACAUUCAUUGCCAAGAGAACUUGGAGGAUAUAAAACUCGCUUCAUUGGGGCCUACCGCCCAAUGGCACGAUUCAGUUCCAUUUCGCUUACCGAGUACGCUGAAUUCCUUCACCAGUUAUGGCCUGGGGUUGGGCUUCCGUCGCGCCUGGGUAAGUCACCAUUGUCAUUCGGAGCUUACUUUACAUUACCCCACUAACUUACAUACUCAGGCAUUGCCCUCAGCGGCGGUGUAGACUCGAUGGCGCUCGCAUAUUUAACCUCACGCCUGUUCUCCUCACAUAAUAGCCCCCCAAGUGCAAUCCAUGCAUUCAUAGUGGACCACAAGGUCCGCCCCGAGAGCACCACUGAAGCGUGCUCUGUUGCACAACUCGCAAAGGAAACCUACGGCUUCACCGCCCACGUUCUGCCCCUAACCUGGGCCCUCUCGCAUACCGAGCUUUUGAAUGGGCUCGAGACCCGUGCCAGGAUUGCACGGUAUCAAACACUCGGGAGGGCAUGCGUAGAGAAUCGGGUGGAGAAGUUACUACUCGCGCACCAUGCCGACGAUCAGGCUGAGACCGUUCUAAUGCGGCUAUUGGCUGGGAGUAAAAUUCAAGGGCUUGCGGGGAUGAGGGCUGCCGCGGGAAUUCCGGAGUGUGGAGAUAUAUUUGGGGCGGAGAGGGUGGUUCUUGGGAGGCCACUUUUGGCGGUUGAAAAGGUGGGUUUGGGUGUUAUAUGGUUUGGUGGGAUUGGCUCUUAUGUUGUGUGCCUAUAGGGAAGGCUGAGAGCUACUUGUUUGGAAAACGAAGUGCACUGGUUUGAAGAUAGAACGAACCAAGACGCGACGUUAACCCGCCGGAAUGCUGUCCGGAAGCUACUCAGUGCGUCACCGCCGAGGCUACCCCGAGCACUGCAAAGACCCUCAUUGGUUGCGCUCGCACGGAGGGCCGAGGCGAGGAAUAAGUCCGUAAAAGACCAGGCCCGCAUGGUUCUGGAAGAGGACUGCGACAUCUCCUUUGACCCCACCACCGGCUCUCUACAACUCCAACUACCACCAAAAAUACGCGGCAUCCAACCCCAUGUCCUUCAAAACCUCCUGGUCCGAGUAGUAGAAACCAUAACACCUCUCCCGCGGGCCGAAACUCAAAGCCUUCAAACCCCGCUCAAAAGCAUCCUCUCAAAUCAGGGAAAGCCAUUUACAGCAGCAGGCCUAAAAUGGACCUAUCUCUCUGACAAAACCUGGUUCUUACAGAGGCAGAAUUACACUUCCAAAUCUCGCGGCCUUUGUAGAAUUGUCUUUAUUAGUAUUAACCCCGGUUGGACAUCCUGGCGCCUCUGGGACGGGCGCUGGUGGGUCAGACUCUUCAUCCCAAUUCCCUCCCACCCAGCAAUUUGUGUCCGGGCAAUGGAAGAAAAAGAUAUAGGGCCCCUAAGGGAGAAAGCUGCGCAAGUAAAUAUGGAUAGGCAGCUUGAGAAGCUGCUGAAGGAGGGAUUGAGAGGCGAGAUGAGAUUUAUUAUUCCCGCGGUGUAUUGUGGUGGGGAGGUUUUGGGAUUGCCGAGCGCGGGGCUAUGGCUUGGGAGUGGGCCUUCUGAAGAAGGGGUGAAGUGUGAAGUUAUGUUUAGGGGGAGAGGUGGCCUGGUAUAAUGGAUUGGUGGGCGGGCCCGUUUGAGGCUUUGCGUGCUGUGGGGGAUCGGUUUUCGCCGAGCCCACACCCGAGGGAUUCGGGAACAGGGGAGAUCAUAUGUGGGUAGGCGUUACUGUAUAUAUUUCUUCACUUGGAAGAAGUAUACCGGCAACCGGAUACUGAUAUAUUGGUGGAGCUCGGAGUACAGAGCAUGGUCACAAGACGUCACUCGUGAGUGUUUAUGAUCGAUUCCGGAUUGGUUGUAAAUAUCCUUAUCGAAGGGCUACUGGCUUAGCGAACUUCCAUCUAGAAUAUGCUCACCACUGAUGUUGUACUUAGUGAAAUCUCCAGCCUAAUAGAAUUGCCCUUAGAGUAGACAUAAAAAAUUCAAAGCCGCUAAAGACAAUAUUAGCUCCUCUCUGUAGUCUGC